AUGGCAGGGCACGGCCCAGAAGAGGCGGAAACUAUGGAACUUAUUGCGAAUCUUGACAUUGAUGGUGUGCCCAAGAUCCUCGACGUUUUUGAGGACUAUCUUUACGAGUGGCUCCGACGACGAUCUACAGUUCGGGAAGAUGCCACUAUUCUGUCUGUCAUCAUGCAAUUAUUGACGAUUUUAGAUUCUCUUCAUGGUUGGGGUAUUUCCCAUAAUGAUAUCAAGUUGGAGAACAUUCUUCUCAACGACUCUGGUUUUACAGCGCGAUCAGCAUGA